CCUUACUUCCUGCCGGCUCGACGCGCAAAAAAGAACCUUAAGCUGAGCCGCCCGACCGAUCCUGCUGAAUCCACCACCUCCCAUCCAACACAUCACAUUGCUUCCUCUCCACCUCCUCCACCAAGCUCAUCCUCCCCCCCCCCAACGUCUCUCCUACUUCCGCUGCUACUGCUGCCGCCGCCGCCCGAUCUCAUCAUCGCGCUUACGUUUCCAACUUAAAUCGAUUAACUUCCCGGGUUUCGCACGUUUUCGUCCCGUUCCGACCGUUGUCAAAAUGCCUGCCUACGAGCUCCGAUCGGGUGGUGAUGUCAAGAACAAGAAGCAGAGUGUGGCCGAUCUCAAGUACCGUCGUCUGACCGAGCUCAAUGCUCGGUUGAAGGAGGACCUCGAUCGGCCUCGUGUCAAGGUGUCCGAGGCUGCUCUGUCGUUGAUCAACUACUGCAACAACACGCGCGAUUUCAUGGUACCAUCCGUAUGGGGUCAGGUUGACAAGCGUGAGGACCCAUACGCCCCUCAGCAGCAGGGAGGAUGCUGCACGGUCAUGUAAUGGUUUCAUGACAUUUCCACGUCUUUUGAAUCGGACGGACUGAGGGUCGCCGUCAGUCCGUCGGCGCUUUUAUAUCCCCUCUUGCGAUGACAAUUACUAUUUCUCACCACUUCUUUUUUUUAACUUCUCGACCCUUUCUUUUUCUUUCUAUAUCUA